GGUGAUUGUAUAUGUAGAUAUUUCAGGAAAUUUGGACAGAAUGAGAGCUUUGACCUUCAUUUUGGUGCUGGCGACGGCUGGCUUCUCCGCGGCCCGAACUGCAGGCGAGCCCAAAUUGCGACCAGCCGACGAUGAUGGCGACCACCGCAACCUGGGAGCUCACCCCACCCCUCGUCAACGCGUCAUGGAGGACGGCAGCCUGCGCGCUCUAGAAGAUUCGGCGUUCUGGAACGCGAGAUGCCAAGCGGAGCUAGCCGACCAGCUCGCCAAGACGCCCAUCGUGAGCCAGGCCAAGAACGUGAUCGUCUUCCUCGGCGACGGCACGGGCAUCGCCACCUUCACCGCCGCCAGGCUCCUCAAGGGCCAACGCUCCGGCAAAUACGAGCUCGAGCAGUCCGCUUGGGAACGUUUCCCCUUCUCUAGCAUCAUCAAAACCUACAACACGAAUCUAUUUCGGAUUCACAAUGACAGUCCCAGUUAA